UCUAUUUGGACACUAAUACAACAGCAACGGAUGAGAAAACCUACAGAGAUAAAGCCCUUGAGAUUACAACUGACUUUACAAUGGAGUUCCCUGUGCUUAAUUUGACAAACACUAUAGUAGAGCGAGGUGGGAAAGCUUUUCUCUAUAUAUUCUCCCACUCUUCAAGCUACUUGAGGAAUAUCAGGUCUAGAGAUGCAGCUGCACAUUGUGACGAGCUUUACUUCUUGUUUGGAAUGGGAUUUAUGAACCCAAAUGAAUAUAAUGAAAGAUUUACAUAUUCGAAGGAUGAGGAAAUCUUCGUAAUUCAAAUGAUGAGAUAUUGGACCAAUUUUGCAAAAAAUGGAGAUCCUAACAGUGCAGAUUUGCCACUUUGGCCACAAUACAACUUAGAGAGUGAAGAAUAUGCUGUGCUUCAACCCCAGCCAUAUGUGAGACAACUAUU